CGAACUCAAACCAUUCAUCUGAAAGCUAGUAAAAGCAACAGAUAAGUAGAGUUCCGUUGAGCCAGAAAGAUAAUUUGAAGCACAAUUCAACAAAGGCCUCAUCAUUAAAAACAUAAAAAAAAUGAACUGUUUCUAUGUUGCUAAGACUAUUCCCAUCAGUAAGCUUUCUUCAAACUGCAAUUCCAUCUUUUAUCAAUUUCUUACAGAUAAAUCAAGCUCAUGUUCCAUGGUUUUGGGAUCUUACCAAGUUUUUGAUAAUGCCAACCCAACCUAUAUCAAACUUCUCCAAAUCACUAAGGGCUAUCACCCUCAAGUAAAGACUUAUGCAGCAGGUAGGAGAAGAAGAGCAAAUUACAUGGAUACAGAUACAUAUGUUUAUUUGGAACCUGGGAAAAAAGAAGAGUUUAUUAGUGAAGAAGAAUUAAAGGCCAAACUUAAAGGGUGGCUACAAAAUUGGCCCAACAGUGAACUACCACCUGACCUUGCUAGAUUUGAAUCACUUGAUGAAGCUGUCAUUUUUCUCCUUAAAUCUGUAUGUGAACUUGAAAUUGAUGGAGAUGUUGGUUCCAUUCAAUGGUACCAAGUCCGUCUCGACUAAAUAUCGUCAUUCUACAUUUAUAUACUACCUUUUUUUUUUUAAUGACAUCGGUUUGACUUUUACACGA